AUGAACAGCAUGGGAGUUAUGAAGCAAAUUUUCUCCCCAUCGAAAGUUCCUAACCUCAUAAUGGUUGCUUCGCUGUCGUUGAUCGGAGAUGUGGAAAGGGCGAAAGUCGACAGUUUGGUGGAAAAUAUCACUUGUAAAAGGAAAUACAUCUGUAAUUCUCAUAUAAUAAAAGCGGCCAAAUCGUUGUCCGAUGAAAUGACCGCUAGUGGGAAGCACCUUUCGUAUAGCGCAGAUCGCGGAGAAGGAACUUCUGCAUACUACACCACUGCAGAUAUUCCGCAUCACCUUGUUGAUCUGAUCAAUGGAAGAACUGACAGCGAUGUUGUCAUAAGUGCUCGAGAUGUGUGGACCUUUGUUAAUGACGCUUUAAAGAAGUUCUAUGGGACUCCGGAAUGGCCUCAAGUUUUUGAAGUGCAGGUAUUUAUAUGA